AAUUUGGAUGUGGCGGUGUUGUGUUCCUUCCAAUUCCAACACAAACUGUCAAAUUUCGCAUCGCAUCGCAAGUUCGCAGCCUUGUUUUCACUAGGUAGGUCCUUACUCUGCUGCACCCAAAACAAAUUUAUUAAGCUCACGAAACAGGAACACAGAGAGAGAGAGAGGGCAAAGAAGAUGUUGUUUCAAGUGGGAGGCCAAGGGACUCGUCCCACCUUCUUCGAGAUGGCGGCGGCUCAGCAGCUCCCCGCCAGUCUUCGCGCCGCUCUCACCUAUUCCAUCGGCGUAUUAGCUUUACGAAGACCAUUCCUCCAUAGGGUGUUAGACUAUGAAGACGAAUUCUUUUCGUUGCUCAUGCUAGUUCUCGAAACUCAUAGCUUGAGAACUACAGAUGCUUCCUUCUCUGAGUCUCUAUAUGGAUUAAGAAGGCGGGCUGUGAAGAUAAAAGCCAUGAAGGAUGAUGCUCGCCUGAACCCAGGUGAUGGAAUUCAGCAUUCUGGGUUAGAAAAGCGCCAAAGAGUUCUGUCAGUUGUAUUUUUGGUUGUAUUGCCUUACUUUAAGUCGAAAUUGCAUUCAAUCUAUAAUAAAGAAAGGGAAGCCAGACUUCAAGCAAGCUUAUGGGGACACGUUGAUGAAAGAUUUGAUGAUGCUGAUAUAUUUGAUAGAGGGGAGGAUUCUGUUAUUCCAAGAGGAAAUUUGGAUAUGGAAGCAUCAGUUAGAACGCGUUUGACUAAAAAGAUCCAGAAAUUUAUAGGUGCUUGCUAUCCUUUGCUACAUGCUAGUACUGAAGGAUUUUCAUUUGCUUAUCAGAUGUUAUACUUGUUGGAUGCAACUGGAUUUUAUUCCUUAGGAUUACAUGCUCUUGGGAUUCAUGUCUGUCGAGCUACAGGGCAAGAGCUGAUGGAUACAUCUUCUAGAAUUUCAAAAACAAGAAGCCGUGAACGUGAGAGACUUCGUGGUCCUCCAUGGUUGAAGGCAUUACAAGGAGCAUUGCUCAGUGGUACAUACACAGUUCUCGAUUAUGCACAGACUGGGUUAAUUGCAGCAGUAUUCUUUUUUAAAAUGAUGGAAUGGUGGUACCAAUCUGCUGAAGAGAGAAUGUCAGCUCCAACCAUAUACCCUCCACCUCCUCCACCUCCACCUCCCCAGGUUGCCAAAGAGGGGAUUCCACUGCCACCCGAGAGAACUCUUUGUCCUCUCUGUUCACAGAGGCGUGCGAAUCCAUCUGUAAUUACAGUUUCUGGGUUUGUCUUUUGCUAUGCCUGCAUUUUCAAGUAUGUUUCUCAGUAUAAGCGAUGUCCAAUCACAUUGAUGCCAACCACCGUCGACCAGAUAAGGAGGCUCUUUCACGAUGUGUAGAAAACCCAGUUUGGGUCCAUGUCUUUUGUUUUUUUUUUUUUUUUAUCGUAGGAGAAAUAGCACAUCUCCCUUUCAGAGGAUCUUGUAACUGAUUCAAAUAUAAGGCAAAGAUAGGGGAGUGACUACUGUCAAAACAAAUAAAUGUUGUAUCGGGGAAACGGAAGAAUGAUGUAUUGAGUAUUUUGUUCUACUA